AUGGGAAAGGAAACCUCUCCGACAUGGGUCGAAUCUCUCCAUCAACCAACAGUCAUGAUGGAACAUCAUCAUCAUUCAACCACAUCAACAACAUAUGACCCUAGUAAUAGUAAUGGAACGAGUCGGAUGCUCACCUCUCCUUCAUCACCUCCAACAACACCAGGAUGUGAGGAUUGUAAAAAGAGAGGGCGAGCCUAUCUUCAAGAUCACGGCGUUGAAAAAGACACGAAUGGCAAAGUCAUUUGUCCUGUGUGUUGUCAAAGUAUAGACUAUGGAAAUGUUGAAGAUCAUAUUGAGGAAUGCCUUAAUUUGAGAAACAUGUUAAAGACUACUGGUGUGUCAUGCGUUACUCCCCAAAGAAAAUCGAAACCCGUUGGAAAAUUCUCUCCUUUCAAUUCAUUACAACAAGAUUUCACUUCGUAUUAUGGAGAUGCUUACUUAUUAAGCUCAACUUCUCCUGAUCAACAACGAAAAGAUGAACAAAUUGCACGACAAAUUCAUUUGACAGAUUUGAAGGAGUUGAAGCAACAACAAGAUGAAGAAGAGUGUAUCAAGUGUGAUCGAUGCGAAAAGUGUCUACAAAUCGACUCGGCAAUUUUCCUUGACCAUUGUGUUCAUUCAUUUUGUGCAGAUUGUCUGAGGAAGUGUAUCUUGCAAUUUAUGGAUGAUCUGGAAGAAUCCGACAAUAAUUGUUGUGAUUUAUCGUGUAUUCCUUGUCCAGCUCAAUGUUGUUUUGAAUUUAUUCCUCAAAACGUAAUUUCAUCAGUCUUGACAGAAAAAGAGAAGGAACGACUCUCAGACUUGGGAUUGAGAAAGGCAUUUACCACGAGUAGUAACACUUUUGUAAAGUGUCCAAACAAAUCAUGUGGAACCAUUGUGGAGCGAGUGUUACGCAGUAGAGAAGAAAUCGUUCAAGAAAUUAUUCGUCAAAAGAGAGCUCCAAGUGAGACUGAAGUCCACAAAGAACAGUACAGAUUUCGAUGUCGAGAAUGUUCCACUGAAUUCUGUUCCAAUUGUAACUCCAUUCCUUACCAUGAGCAUCACACGUGUGUAUCUUUUCAUGCCUUUCUCAAUUCCAAGAAGUGUCGAUUUUGUGAAAUUAUUAUUGAGAAAACCAACACUGAGGAUGUGUGCACCAGUGAAGAAUGUCAAGAGAAAUUAAAGCAUGCAUGUUCUCAUGUUCACAAGUGUGGACACUUGUGUUGCGGAAUCAAGGAUGAGUUUCUCCAUUUGAGAUGUCUUGAAUGCAGUGAUGAGUUGGAACUUCAAGAAGGAGAUGAUUUUUGCAACAUUUGUUACACUUCAUCGUUAAAACAAGCUCCAUGCAUUGAAUUGAAAUGUGGUCAUAUUUUCCAUUACGAGUGUAUCAGAAAGAGACUUGAAAAGAAGUGGUCAGGAGCACGAAUGACAUUCAACUUUGAAAAAUGUCCAUUGUGUAAUCAAGUGGUCGAACACUACUCUCUCAAAGAUUUAACUAUACCCAUUCGUACACUAAGAUCAAUGGUUGAGAGAAAAGCCUUAAUGAGACUCGAUAACGAAGGUCUUUUGAAAUGUGAAGAAGUGACCAAUGAAAAUAGCAAAUACUACAAGAAACCAUUAGAGUAUGCCUUGAACACAUUUGCAUAUUAUCUUUGUUAUGAAUGUAAGAAUCCUUAUUAUGGAGGUAGAAUUCAGUGUGGUGAGAAUGAUGACGAGAAUGAAGAAUUUAAUGAGCAAGAUUUAAAAUGUGGUUCGUGUUGUAUGAAAAAUGUGAGAAACAACUUGGUGUGUGAUUUACAUGGAACGGAAUUUGUCGAGUACAAGUGUAAAUUUUGUUGUAACAUUGCCACAUGGUUUUGUUGGGGUACGACUCACUUUUGUGACAAGUGCCAUCGUAAACAAGUGGAAAUCAACAACUCACCAAAACACCCAAGAGUCAGCUACCAAAAUGUUUGGGUCCUCCCAAAUGUCCAUCAGGCGGAAAUCAUCCAGAGAAUGGAGAAGAACAUGUGUUGGGUUGCUCUAUUUGCCGUAUCAGUAGAAUCAUGA